AUGUACGAAUCCUUUGAUAGCAAAGACUAUGAGAUGAAGCCCAUAGAGAUACGGGCAGUUGAAGCCUUAGGCCUUGGUUUCGAUUUGGCCAGCGAUUUUCGGCUCAAGUUCGUAAAAAGGUGCCCCGAUGGCGGCAGAUUGGUGAAUUUAGAUGAGAGGAAUAAGAAGGAUGUGGUGAUUCCAGGACUCGGGGGCGUGGUGAUUCCAGACGUACCCGAUUGCAUUCGGGUCGAUAAAGGGGACCACAUUCGGUUUAAGUCCGAUGUUCUUCAAUUUAAUCAGAUGUCAGAGCUACUUAAUCAAAAAUCAUCAGUACAGGGAAAGAUUCCUUCAGGAUACCUUAAUUCUACUUUUGAUUUAACUGGAGCCUGGUUGAAUGAUGCCGCAGACGCCAAGUAUCUAGCCUUCGAUGGUUAUUUCAUUUCACUUUACUAUUUGCACCUUACUGCAUCAAGUUUAGUACUUCAUGACCAUGUAAAGAAGGCUGUUCCUUCCCACUGGAAUCCAGCAUCUUUGUCUAGAUUUAUCCAGACUUAUGGAACGCACAUUAUCGUUGGAAUGGCUGUUGGAGGACAGGAUUUACUUUGUGUUAAACAGAGACCGACUUCUCCAAUUCCUCCAGCUGAACUCAAGGGAUACUUGGAGGAUCUUGGAGACUGUCUUUUCUCUGAUACCAACAGUCCUAUUCUGGACAGGAAAGCGGCCGAUAACCAAAAAAAGGUUCCCGAGGUAUUUAACCGUAUGUUACAGGCACAUACCAUGCAAUUUACCAGCGUUACUGAAACAUCGAGCAAGGAUGGACUUACACUUAUUUGGUCCAAAAGAGGAGGUGAUGUGUUUGCACAAAGUCACUCCAGGUGGCUUCAGACGAUGGCUGCUAAUCCAGAAGCUGUGCUCUUUAAAUUUGUACCUAUUACUUCUCUGCUUAAUGGGAUUCCAGGGAGUGGCUAUCUUAGUCACGCAAUAAACUUGUAUCUUCGAUACAAGCCAGCUUUAGAAGAUCUGCAGUAUUUUUUGGAGUUUCAAGUUCCUAGUCAGUGGGCACCUCUGUUCUGCGAGUUACCUCUUAGACAUCAAAGAAGGAAGGCUUCUUUUCCUUCACUGCAGUUCAGUUUCUUAGGUCCAAAGAUUUAUGUCAACUCCACCCAGGUUACAAGUGAUGGAAAACCCAUUAUUGGCCUCCGCUUGUAUUUGGAAGGAAAGAAAAGCAACAGGUUGGCAGUUCACGUACAGCAUCUUUCAAGUCUUCCAAACAUAAUGGUGUUCACCUCAGGUAAUGGAAGCAUUUGCAAACCUCAGUGGCGAGGUUCCGAUGAUUACGAAUUUAGCAAAGAGUACUUAGAACCAGUCCGAUGGAAGAGAUAUUCAAAUGUAUGCUCAUCGGUAGUAAAGCACGAUCCCAGCUGGGUAGUAGGUGAAUCCUCCGGUGUUUUUGUUGUGAGCGGUGCACAGCUAGUUACCAAGGGUAAAUGGCCAAGAAAAGUUCUUCACCUCCGCUUGCUUUAUACCCACCUACCUAACUGCAGGAUUCGAAAGACAGAGUGGGCAUCAGCGCCUGAAGCUUCUCGGAAGUCAAUUACGGACCCCCCGAAGCAACUUCCAGCAACCCUGAACUCUGGUGUAUAUCCCGACGGUCCACCCGUGCCCGUUCGGUCUACGAAGCUACUUAAAUACGUGGAUACAACCGAGGUUGCACGAGGUCCAUAUGACACCCCAGGACAUUGGUUGGUAACGGCUGCUAAGUUGGUGGUUGAAGGUGGUAAAAUUGGCUUGCAAGUGAAAUUUGCAUUAUUAGAUUAUUCACAAGAAUGA